AUGCCCGGAGUGUGGGCGCGCGGGGGCGGAGCCCGGCGCCGCGUGCCCCGAAUCGCCGCGCAGGGGGGCGUGGCCAGAGCCCCGCCCUCCGGCCAAUCAGCGCCGGGCGGCGGCAGCGAGCCAACGGGAGAGAAGGGGCGGGGCCUCCCGGCGCUCAGCCACCAAUGGGAGCGGGGCGGGGCGGGGCCCGGGCCGAGGCACGUGCGGCCGCGCACGUGUCCGCGUGGGGCCGCCGCGGGCGGGGCGGGAGCGGCACCGGGGACACGGAGACCGGGACACCGGAACAGCGGCACCGGGACAGCGGUACCGGCACCGGGACACCGGAACAGCGGCACGGGAACGGGGCACCGGCACCGGGACAGCGAUACCGGCACAGCGGUACCGGCACCGGGACAGCGGCACGGGAAACGGGGCACCGGCACCGGGACAGCGGCACCGGGACACCGAUACCGGCACAGCGGUACCGGCACCGGGACACCGGAACAGCGGCACCGGCUCGGGAAACGGGACAGCGGCACCGGCACAGCGAUACCGGCACCGGGACACCGACACCGGCACCGGGUCACUGAUACCGGCACAGCGACACCGGCACCGGGACACCGAUACCGGCACCGGGUCACGGACGGGAGCGGCGGCACCGGCACCGGGACACCGGCAGCAGCGCAGGUGCAGCCGCGGGCAGGCAGCCCGGGCUGGGUGACCCCGCUGGAGCUGAGCGCAGCCAGAGGCUCCCCUGGGGGGGCCACCAUGGAGCCCCCCGCCCGCGCCUGCUCCUGCGGCUCCCCCGCCUCUGACAGCGGGGCCGAGGCCGGCGGCUCCCCCCGGAGCCCCCCCAAAGCCGAGCGCAGCCGCAAGCGCCCGGGGGGGCUGGAGCGGGCAGCCCCCGACUCGCCGGGGGGGAAGCGCCCGCGGAAAGGGGAGGGGGGCGAUGCCCCUCCCAGCGAUGGAGAUCGCCUCUUCGCCCAAAAGUGCCGGGAGCUCCGGGGCUUCAUCCGGCCGCUGGCGGAGCUGCUGGAGGGGCUGCGCCGGGGCCGCUACGACAGAGGGCUGAGCAGCUUCCAGCAGAGCGUGGCCAUGGACCGGCUCCAGCGGAUCAUCGGCGUCCUGCAGAAGCCCGAAAUGGGCGCUCGCUACCUGGGGACGCUGCUGCAGGUCGAGGCCAUGCUGCGCCUCUGGUUCCCGCACGUCGCCCCCAAACCCGCGCUGGAGCCGGCUCCCCCCGCGGCCGCCCCGCGCCGCCGCCCCCCCGCCGGUCCCCCCGGGGCUCCCCGGUGCCGCCGCCUGCCCGGGGAUGUCCCCCUGGGCUCGCUGCAGCAGCGGGGGUCCCCGCCGUGCCAGCCCGGGCCCCCCGAGUCCCCCCCGGCGCCGGACGUGUGACACCCCCCCCGGCUCGGGGGGGGAGAUUUCAUCUGCAUUUCUCGGUUUUGCCUUUUA